CAUUAACUCACCUUCGUCACCGCUAAUCUUCGCUUCGCAUCCACAUUUCAUUCUGCACUCUGCACACUUCUCAUUGCGCAAGGUCAGGCCACCUCAAGCACAGCUUCUCCGGUGUCGUUUUUUUAUCAUUAACCUAUCUACAUAAGGUGAUGAAAAUGUAAUUAUGAAGCUAUGGUUUGAUUAUUAGCUCAGUCUCACUUUGAUUCCCUCGUUUUCUCCGCUGCCAAACAGUGAGUCUCUGCCAGGUGUUUCAUGACUUGGAGAUUGCACAAAGAGCUAAUAUUUCACUCCAUUCUGUAGCAUCCUUGUACUAACUGGGAGCUUUGGCAAGUUAUGUCUAUUUGAGACUUUAACAAUCUUGUUAGGUGAUAUCUGAGGAGGUAAGUAUCUAAGGUACUUUCAAAGGGGAGGUUAUAACCAGGUUUAUGAGCAUAUGGAAGUUAGGGGAGCUGUAGGCACUGGUGAUGGAACAGGGGAGCGUGCUUUGACCCCACUGAGGGUGAUAAGGGGUGUUGUGUGUUUAAUAGUGUUAAUUAUAUCAGCAUUUAUGAUGCUAGUAUAUUUUGGCUUUGUGAGUGCUGUCAUACUGCGACUUUUCAGCAUAAAUUGGAGCAGGAAAGCAACAUCGUUUUUCUUUGGUGCAUGGCUAGCUCUAUGGCCAUUUCUCUUUGAAAAGAUAAACAAGACCAAGGUCAUUUUUUCUGGUGAAACUGUUCCUGCAAAGGAGCGUGUUUUGCUUGUCGCAAACCACAGAACUGAGGUUGACUGGAUGUACUUGUGGGACCUUGCAUGGCGAAAGGGUAGUUUGGGGUACAUAAAAUAUGUCCUUAAGAGCAGUUUGAUGAAAUUACCUGUAUUUGGUUGGGGAUUCCACAUUUUGGAGUUCAUCUCAGUAGAGAGGAGGUGGGAAGUUGAUGAAUCAAACAUGCGCCAAAUGCUUUCAAGUUUUAAGGAUCCUCGGGAUCCCCUCUGGCUUGCUCUCUUCCCUGAAGGAACUGAUUUCACUGAGCAGAAGUGCAUAAGGAGCCAAAAAUAUGCAGCUGAAAAUGGCUUACCUGUCCUGAACAAUGUGCUGGUCCCAAAAACAAAGGGCUUCUAUGCCUGCUUGGAAGAUCUAAGGGGCUCUCUGGAUGCAGUUUAUGAUGUUACCAUUGGUUACAAACCACGGUGCCCAUCACUAUUGGACAAUGUUUUUGGUGUGAACCCUUCUGAAGUUCAUAUGCAUAUAAGGCGCAUAGCCCUUGAUGAAAUCCCAACAUCUGAAGAAGAAAUUGCUGCGUGGUUGAUGAAGACAUUCGAGCUAAAGGACCAAUUACUUGCUAAUUUUUAUUUACAGGGCCAUUUCCCUGAUCAAGGUACAGAAGGGGACCUUCCAACAUUGAAGUGCUUUGUAAAUUCUGUGGCCGUAAUACUGUUGAUUAGCAUGUGUACAUUUUUCACUUUAUGCUCAUCAGUUUGGUUUAAAAUUUAUGUAACCUUAGUAUGUUGUUAUCUGUCAUCUGCAACCUAUUUCAAUGUUCGUCCGGUGCCACUUCUUGGCUUUUUGAACACUGGCAGGAUUUUUUGAACUUCUAAAUUUAGCAUAUAAGAAUUCUCCAAGGUGAAUUCCACAUUGCACACAUUUUUC